AUGGCUCUUUCUCGUUUGACAACAGAGCGGGUUUUAGCUCAAAUUGAGCGUGUUAUUCAAUCCAACCAUGAAUUUCGUCUAAACGACAGUGUCAAAGUGAAUUUGGUCCAUGUUGAAAUGCCCAACGGCGGUACCGGAACAAAACGCAGUGAAAUAAAUUUGGAAAAGCAUUUGGCCAAAAGAGGCUCAAUCAUACGGAUUCAAAACAAGGAUGAUUUAUGUUUAGCUCGGGCUUUAGUUGUUUCGAUUGCCAAAAUUGAAAAUGAUAGACGGUAUAAG